CCAGUCUUGACUGUAACAGACAGAUGAGAGAUAGCCGCGAAUUGAUGUCGUGAGUGGGGGUAUUACAGCAAUUUCGGCAACUCCCACUUGACAGUUGUUCCGUCUUAUUUCCUGCACCUAAGAAAAAUGACUGCAAAGCAAAGGGGAAAUGAUACACAUUUGUAUCUGUUGUAAUAUAGCCGCAGAAUAAUCGACUGAGCAUGAAAUAAGACAGGAUGCGGGAUCGACUGUGUGAGCUGCACUCAGCCUCCAGGCUAACAGAUGCGGCUGUGGCUGCGGAGGCUGGACCUGAGGAUACAGAGCAGGUGGAGGUGGUGUUCGAAGGCGAGGAGGAGAUGGAUGAGGCCUUCAAGGAGGUGCAGGCCAUGCACAAGGAGAUUGCCCAUCUGCGCAUGGAGGUGAAACAGCUGGGGAAGCAGAAUACACGCUUUCUCACCUCCAUAAGACGCAUCAGCAGCAUCAAGCGCGACUCCAAUUCUAUCGCCCGCGGCAUCAAGGCCCGAAGCCAGGCCCUGUACGCCCGCCUGCAGAAGAUGGAGGCCCGGUGCCAACGCCUGGAGCAGGAGCAUGGCGCCCACUCGUCCCUGGCACGCAUGGUGCGCGGCCAGUGUGCCUCCCUCACCACUGCAUUCCACGGCGCCAUGUCCCUGUACAACGAGGCGGAGAUGGAGCAGCGCGACAACUGCAAGAAGCGCAUCCAAAGGCAGGCUGAGAUCGUGGGCCAGGAGGUUACCGGCGAGCAGAUUGAGGAGAUGAUCGAGUCAGGGAAGUGGAAUGCCUUCUCUGAGAAUCUGGUGGCGGAUGGCCGUGCAGCGCGAUCUGCCCUCUGCGAGAUCGAGAACCGCCAGAAGGAACUGCUGGAGCUUGAGGGGCGUAUCCGGGACAUCCAUGAACUCUUCUUCCAGCUGGCCCUCUUGGUGGAGGAGCAGGGCACAAAGCUUGACAACAUAGAGGCCAAUGUGGGUAGCACACAAGACUAUGUGGCCAAGGCAACAGUGCAAAUCAAGAAAGCCGUGCGAUACAAAAAAGCAAACCCCUGCAGACGUUUUUUCUGCUGCUGUUUCCCUUGCUGCAAUAAAUAACACUCACUCUCAUAGCAAACUGCUUAUACCCUUCUGCAAUGAAGGGCAGAUCUGCUGUGGUAGAUUUGACGUAAAUAAAUGACUUAUCACUUUUAACUAGAGAAGACAGAGGAGCACACUGCACCUCAUGUUGACAAAGACACUUAGUGUAGGGCUAGACUGUAUGUGAUAAACAGAAACUGUUAUGCAACUGAUAAUUAAGUUAGUGACAUUAAGUUUGUAUGUGAAAACAUGUUGUGUAAUCAAGGCUCACUGUAUGUCUGCUCUUCUGUUCGGUUUGCAUGUUGUACACCUGAGUGCAAUAAUUUAAGUCGUGAAUAUGUGAGCUAUUUAAUCCUUUUAAUCUUGAGUUAGUGCUUGUGUUCUUAACCUAAGUGAUGCAUGCGUUGUAGCUGAAACGGUCUUCUGGAGAAACGUUGCAAUGAAACUUACACAACC